AUGGAAAAGUACAAGUCACGCAAACAAGAUCUUCACCUUAUUUUCAUUGAUCUCGAAAAGGCGUUUGACCGAGUUCCUAGAGAGCUAAUCUGGCAAGCACUAAGAGCGCAGUUGGUGCAGGAACAUUAUAUUGAGCUCCUCAAAGAUCUGUACCACGACGUAACAACAAAAGUGGUCGGCCCAGCAGGGAAAAGUGAACCAUUUGAAGUCGGAGUGGGGGUUCACCAGGGCUCAACCGUUAGCCCUCUCCUAUUCAACCUAGUAAUGGACUAUAUCACUAUGGACAUUCAGAAAUCAGCACCGUGGUCACUUCUAUACGCUGAUGAUGUAGUACUCAUAGCCGAAUCGUUGACAGAAGUACAAUCAGACCUGACACUAUGGCAGGAGUCCUUAGAAAGAAGAGGGAUGAGAGUGAAUAGAGAGAAGACUGUAUACAUGUACUGUAACUUUUCUGGUGUCAAAAUGGAUGUUACUCCAUGUCCAUCUAUCGAAGGUCGACCUCUUAAAAGAGUUCAAGAGUUUAAGUAUCUCGGAUCCAUUGUAGCACCAAAGGCAUGUUUUCUGUACAUGCCUUUGGUGCUACAAUGGAUCCGAGAUACUUAA